AUGUCUCCGUCUUCCUCUUCUUCCUCUGGCUCUGGGGCUUUUGCUGCAGCAGCAGGCGCUGCAGCAGGCGCAGCAGCAGCAGCAGCAGGCGCAGCAGCAGCAGCAAAGGCCUCGGGGUUCUCGACCAUCUGCUUGAGCUGCUGCAUCUGCGGGAAGCAAAACGGAGUGUCUAGACACAGCGCAGCACAGUUCCGGAAAGCUUCCAAGAGGCUGUGGGGUGCUGCAGCAGCAGAAGGCAGCCCCACAGCCCGCGAGACAGCAGCAACAUUUGCUGCUCCAGCAGCAAACCCUUCCAGGAUUUGUUCGUCAGUUAUGUCCAGCACUGACGCCGAGUACACGCUCCCUGCGCAGCAGCAGCAGCAGCAGCAGCAGCAGCAGGACCUGCAGCAGCAGCAGUGA